AUGAUCGUGCCAGUCCUGCAGGACAAGUACGCGUAUCUGGAGUCGCCGGUCCUUCGCUGCGGCAAUCUUCGCACCGCGCAUCCGUGGCUGGCGCUCGCAGCGUUCCCGUCUCCCGCUCGUGCGAGCUCACUCAGAGCUCCCGCCUGCGAUGAUGACAACGCGAAUCUAACCUUUUUUCACUUCCCUGUGCUGCUCCGAUCAUCCGCGUGUUUGUUCCGCUCCUCGCAGGUGGCCCAAGAGGCAGUCGACAAGGCGCUGAAGGCCAAGUUGGAGAAGACGCACGAGUUCGAGCGCACCAACUUCACCGGCACGGGCGCCAAGCUCAGCCACACGGGGUGCGCGCAGGUGAAGAUCAACUUUGAGGGCAAGUACGCGGAGGGGCCGCAGGCGGGGCAGGUGUUGAAGGGCACCAAGGCGACGGGGUACGAGCUGCACCUGGCGGCGCGCGACAACGAGCCGUGGAAGACGUUCGUCGAGCAGAUCGUCAAGCAGGGCAUGGGGCAGGAGGAGAGCAAGACGUUUGUGCUGGCCUUCCCAGCAGACUACAAGGCCAAGGCCCUGGCAGGCAUCAAGGCGCAGUUCACAGUGACAGUGAAGGAGAUUGGCAUCAAGAAGGCGAUCGAGAAGGAUCCGCGCCCGAUUGACGUGCAAAAGGCGGAGGUAGAGCAGCAGCUGCUGGCAGUGGAGGAGCGCAAGAGCAACGACGUGCUGGAUGCACAGAUCAAAGCCGCUCUGCUGGACUCCUCUGCGGCAGACGUUGACAAGGUGGCAGCGAGGUGUGCUCAUGGUGAAGAUGACUGCGGAGGCGUACUGUCAUCCUCAGAUGCUGUUCUUGUGUUUUGGGGCCCAGUAGCGGCCGGAGCAAGGGGCCCAGUAGCGGCCGGAGCAAGGGGCCCAGUAGCGGGCGGCGCAGUGGGCGGCGCAGCGGAUGGCCCAGCGGGCGGCGCAGCGGGUGGCACAGCGGACGGCGGCGCAGCGGGUGGCACAGCGGACGGCGGCGCAACGGGUGGCACAGCGGACGGCGGCGCAGCCGACGGCGCAGCGGACGGUGCAAGGGACUGCGCAGCGGACAGCGGUGCAGUGGCACCGACUGUAAUGUGGGAAGAAAAGAGAAGAAAGAUAAAGGGGGGGAUGGUUUUAGAAGAUAAAAUAGUACUAUAA